GCUCAAAGAUCCUUAUCGUCGUCAUUUGUCUCUCACCUUCAUCUCCAUUCUUGAAACUUUUUGAGUUUUGACUCACACAAGAGUCCAAUUCCUCUGGAUUACCCACACACAUUUUUCAUAAAUAUUCCCUUGUCAAUUCAAACCUAGACCCACCUGUUCAAAUUCCUCAACCUUCGUAAUUUUUACUUCACCCAAAAUCAGAGGUUUACUAGCAUGAAUUCUUUAAUUAAGAAGUUAAAAAACAACGACUUGUCAAAGGUAGUAGAGAUGAAUAUGGCUGAUUCUUGGAUACUGCAGCAGAUUAACUGCAAUCGUCAUUUUUGGCUCAUGUUUGGUGUCUUCUUCUGUGAAAAAUAAUGACGUUUCUUAAGCAACUUUUGGGGUCAAGAAAAGCUGCAGCCAUGCUUAAUCCCAAAUCAAGAUCUCCUUCUGGUGAUGAAGAUGCUCGUCAUCGCUAUGUUGAGACCGACCCAACUGGUCGAUAUGGUCGGUUUAAGGAAGUUCUUGGAAAAGGGGCAAUGAAAACUGUAUACAAAGCCAUUGAUGAAGUUCUUGGAAUGGAAGUUGCGUGGGGCCAAGUGAAGCUUAACAACUUGCUCAGAUCUCCUGAAGACUUAAAACGUCUCUACUCAGAGGUUCACCUUCUUGGCACCCUCAAUCAUGAUUCAAUCAUCAAAUUCUACACCUCAUGGAUUGAUGUGGAUCGAAGAACCUUUAAUUUCAUUACUGAAUUGUUCACUUCAGGAACCCUCAAAGAAUACAGGAAGAAAUAUAAUAAAGUGGAUAUCCGGGCCAUAAAGAUUUGGGCCCGCCAGAUUCUCUCGGGCCUGAUUUAUCUUCAUGGGCAUGAUCCGCCUGUGAUCCAUAGAGACCUUAAAUGUGACAAUAUUUUUGUAAAUGGGCAUUUGAGUCAAGUAAAGAUUGGUGAUCUUGGCCUUGCAGCUAUUCUUCGUGGCUCUUUUAGAGCACAUACAAUCAUUGGCACACCAGAGUUCAUGGCACCUGAGCUUUAUGAUGAAAACUACAACGAAUUGGUUGAUGUCUACUCAUUCGGAAUGUGUGUAUUAGAAAUGCUAACUCAUGAAUAUCCGUAUAGCGAAUGUACAAAUCCUGCACAAAUUUACAAGAAAGUAACAUCGGGCAAACUUCCACGGGCAUUCUAUAAAGUGAAAGAUCUAGAAGCUCAAUGCUUCAUUGGAAAGUGUUUGGUGAAUGUUUCGAAUAGGUUAUCUGCUAAAGAUCUAAUGCUUGAUCCGUUUUUAGCAAUGGAUGAAUACGGGGUGUUACCAGUAUCUAAAUAUGUUCAUCAAAAACCGUUUAUGAAUGAUGAGAUUGAAAUUGAGAAGCUGAGUUUGGGUGGAAAUCCACCACGAACCAACAUGUCAAUUGCUGGGAAAUUGAAUCCGGAUGAUGAUACCAUUAUUCUUCGGGUGCAAAUUGCAGAUAGAGAAGGUUCUGUGAGAAACGUGUACUUCCCGUUUGAUAUAUUACACGAUACAGCGGAUGAGGUGGCGUCUGAAAUGGUUAAGGAGCUUGAGAUCACAGAUUGGGAGCCUUUGGACAUUGCUGAUAUGAUUGAGGGAGAAAUUUCUGCUCUUGUACCCACUUGGAAUAGUGAUCAACAUACACAUAUUCUUAAUCUCAAUCAUGAUGAAGAUGAUGAUCACAACCAUCCAUUCCGAUCUCUAUCGUCUUCCUCAUCGUCUCAAUUAUCAUUCUCCGGAAUGACGGAUUCCCGCCAGACCGAUGGAAUGGCAUCGGGUGGUGAUUGGUUGCAAGAUCACUUAUUUGAUGACACAAGUUCUCAAGGGUCAUUAGUUUCAGGAACAUAUUCAAAUUUGAGUUACGUUUCACCCGAAGAUCACAACGAAUAUAGCCCUAAAAACGGGACCCACAACACUACUAGGUUCAGUCAUAAAGACGAAGGUUUAAAAAAUCAUGAAAAACGGCCAAAUGUCACGGUUGACUCUCAUAAAGCUUCAACAUCUAAAGCUAGCCCGGGUGUUGGACCCCGACUAACUAGAAACCGGUCAUUGGUUGACAUGAGAAGUCAACUGCUCCAUAGAUCUUUAGUAGAAGAGGUGAGUAAAAGGCGUCUGUCUAAAACUGUUGGGACCGUGGAAGAUGUUGGGUUUCAGGCACCCGUUGAGAGUUCAAAGUCACGGCUCGGGUGGGGUCAGCGGCUCAGGCUCAAAGGAAGAAGGGUUUAAUUGAGGUUGAAAAAGGCUUAUUGUUAGUAUAUGUGUGUUUUGUGAAAGGAGAUCACUUGCUUUGUAUAAAAACUAUGAAAUCCACAGUAAUGUAUAAAUAAUGUUUACAUAAAGGAUAGGUGAUUAAAACGUUGUCGCCUCCAAUUCAACUA